GCGGCUACAAGAGGGGCGGGAGCGGCGCGGGCAGAGCCGGCGGCUGGACCGCGGCCCCUCCGGUACCGGCACCGGCUCCGCGCCCCGCCCGGCCCCGCCGAGCCCGCCUGCCCGCGCUCAGCACAGGGGCAGCCAUGGGCAAGCACAGCAGCAAGCUGGCGCCGGAGAUGCUGGAUGACCUGGUGAGGAGCACGGAGUUCAGCGAGCAGGAGCUGAAGCAGUGGUACAAGGGCUUCCUCAAGGACUGCCCCACCGGCAUCCUCAACCUGGAGGAGUUCCAGCAGCUCUACAUCAAGUUUUUCCCCUAUGGAGACGCCUCCAAGUUUGCCCAGCACGCGUUCCGCACCUUCGACAAGAACGGGGACGGCACCAUCGACUUCAGGGAGUUCAUCUGUGCCCUGUCUGUCACCUCCAGGGGCACCUUCGAGCAGAAACUCAACUGGGCCUUCGAGAUGUACGACCUGGACGGGGACGGGAAGAUCACGCGCCUGGAGAUGCUGGAGAUCAUUGAGGCCAUUUACAAGAUGGUGGGGACUGUGAUCAUGAUGAGGAUGAACCAGGACGGGCUGACACCCCAGCAGCGAGUGGACAAGAUCUUCACAAAGAUGGACAAGGACAAGGAUGACCAGAUCUCCCUGGAGGAGUUCAAGGAGGCCGCCAAGAGCGACCCCUCCAUCGUCCUGCUGCUGCAGUGUGACAUGCAGAAAUAGAGAGAGCCCUGGGGCUCAGGGCUGGACUUGGCUGCAGCCAAACUCUGCCCCUGUGAUGGUUUCAAUCCCUGUUUUUUCCCCCAUUUGGCCCCAGGCAUGAGCCACAUUCCAUCCCUGCUGCUGCCCCUGCUCCGGCUGCAUCCUGGGCAGUUCCACAUCCACAAGGUCAGAGCCUGCUCUGAGCAUUGCCAGCCCUCUCCCAGCCUGGAGAUGGGUGCCCUGCAGCCCCUGGUGUGUCCUGGCUGAGCAGGGCCAGCUGUUCCCACAUCCCUGCUGCUUUCUCCCUGCUUUCCCCCACUGCCCCAUUCCCUGAUCCUAACUCAGACCGCCUCUGUCCCAUUUCUGCUGUUUUCUCCUCAUUUCUUGGCUUGUGAUGCCUCCAGGGAGGCUGAAAAGCCCCAAGUCCUGCUCCUGGUCCUUCCUUCACUGGGAAUUCCCUGGAAAGCUGCCUGGGCAGGGUCUGGCACCAGCUUUAGCUCUUCCACCUCUGUUUUUACACUGGGAACAGCCAGGCUUGGUCAGGACACUCCAGCAGAGAACAGAAGUGUCCAAAGCCAGCCCUGGAUGUCCCAUCCCUGCAGCCACCCUCCAUCCCAUCAGGUGGGUGAUGUCCCCAGCUGCCCUGGGUGCUCUGUGGCAUUUCUGACCCUCCUGGGGAUGGAGGUGAGGCAGGCUCAGGAGUGUGGCUGUGGAAGGCAGGUCCUGGUGCUGCUCCUGGGUGUGUGGCCCUGCUGACUGGGGGCUUUGGGCAGGUGUGGAUGGGUCCUGUCCCUGCUGAGCUUCCUGGAAAAGCUCUGAGGCCACAAAAACCAAAUCUGUCUCCUUCCUCCCCCCUUCCCAGCCUGCUGCACCCACCCCUCCUGCCCCAGGUUGGUGUUUAGUCUGCACAUUGUGGUGUUGGUGGCUGUGGUGUCUGUUAGGAGGUGGUGAAGUCCUUACUUAUUUUUUUAAUGGACAAAUAAACUGUCCCCUGUGUGUGGUGUC